UGACUUAUGACUGAAAACAGAGAAUUAUAUUAGCUGCUUAGCUGGAUUUUUACUUCUUACAGAUUGGAAUAACCCCUAGUACAAUGGACCACGAUUGUGCGGACACAGAUUCUGAAGGCCGGUGGCAGAACCUAUAUGUUGAAAUACGCAACCAGUCCCACGAAUGUCCUUACAAAGUGGCAAAAUAUCCAGAAAACAGGAAUCGCAAUCGAUACAGAGAUGUCAGCCCAUUCGACCACAGUCGAGUCAAACUAGAAAACACAGAAAAUGAUUACAUUAAUGCCAGUUUAGUGAUGGUGGAGGAAGCCCAACGAAGUUACAUCUUAACUCAGGGUCCUUUGCGGAACACAUGCGGCCACUUCUGGUUGAUGAUCUGGGAGCAGAAGACCAAAGCCAUCGUCAUGCUAAACCGUGUCAUUGAGAAGGGAUCGGAGAAAUGUGCUCAAUACUGGCCAACUCAGGAGGAGCACGACAUGACCUUCAGGGACACGCGCUUCAAGGUGACGCUUGUGUCCGAAGACGUCAAGUCCUACUACACCACCAGAGUUUUGGAGUUGCAAAAUAUCACUACGGGGGAGAUGAGGCAGCUUUAUCACUUUCAUUACACCACCUGGCCAGACUUUGGUGUCCCAGAAUCUCCCGCAUCCUUCCUCAACUUCCUGUUCAAGGUGCGCGAGUCGGGCUCUCUGGGGCCAGACCAUGGGCCUGCGGUGGUGCACUGCAGUGCGGGGAUUGGUCGAUCUGGAACCUUCUCCCUGGUAGACACCUGCUUGGUUCUUAUGGAGAGGCGGAAGGACCCAACAUCAGUUGACAUCAAGAAGAUUCUCCUGGACAUGAGGCGGUACCGCAUGGGCCUGAUUCAGACGGCCGACCAGCUUCGCUUCUCCUACAUGGCUGUAAAGGAGGGCGCCAAGUGCACCGUGGAAGACUCGUCGGUGCAGAAACGGUGGAAAGAGCUCUCCAGAGAGGACCACGAGCCUACAGCUGACUCCCCACCUCCGGGACAAGCCUCCAAGACCCCUUCAGACAAGAUCAAUGGCUGUCAGCUGUCCCGUUUGGAGGAUCAGGCCGAUGGGGAGACGGGCAAGCGGACGGGAACGGACUCCCCCAGCAAGGACCAGGAAGCUGAUGGAGCCUUGGGAAACGGGCGAAAGCGACACCGGGACGAGAGGCUGUCCAACUCCACGCAAAAGACGCCGCAGAAGCAGACAAAGCCCAGACUAGGAGACUCGGAGAAGAAGAGGAAAAGUUUGGCCUGCAUUUGCUGUACAUGACACAAAGAGACAGGGGGAGAGGUCCUGUUGGGUGCCAUUUAACGGGCAAGAACCAAUGAUGCCUGAUUCCAUGGCAACACCAGCAGGGAUCUGUAGUCCUUGUCUUCAUCUUCCUUCUCCUCCAGCACCUCAAACUCCAUCCACAUGCCUCCCCACAAGAACUGUUUACAGCGUACAUGUGGACGUACUAUUGGAGCGACGGCGUCGGGCCAUGAACACACCAGCACGGUCAUCAUAGUUGGAUUGCUUUUGGGUUGUUUUUACAAUGUCAUUCGGUUUUGUUUGUUUGUUUUUCUCUUAACUUGCUUUUUUUUUUUGUUACAUUGGAGAGAAGAACAGCAAAGCAACUGAACUAGGCCAAUGUCUUGACAGCUUCUUAUGCUUUUGAUAUAUAAAUAUAUAUAUACAUAUGUACUUGUAUUUUUAGACAGCCUUUUUCAAAGGCAAGAUGAAAUGUUCUAUUUUUUAUAAGAAAUUACUUGAAAUUUCCUAUCAUGCCCAGGGUCUAACCUCAGACCACAUGAGACAUUACCCAGUCUUGCUUCAGGAAUGCUUUCAUUUGUGUACAUAGUGUACUUUUAAAAGUGUAAGAACACAAAGUAUUUUAAAUUGUACAAAAAAAUAAUGGGGAAACAUUGUUAUUUGGUUGAAAAAAAAACACAUUGUGCCCAUGAUCAGUUGCCCUUUGAAUGAAAUUUAAAUGAAGUCUAACAUUUCAUUAUUUGAGACUAUAACCAACCAAUAAAACUGACAUCCUUUAGUUUCGAAACACAAA